AGCCAAAUCGGAUCUUCUACAAUGCGACAGGCAUACCAGUGAAUAACUCUCUCUUGACGACUUCGUACGCAGUAUUGUUUUGCUUUCUGUAUCCGACUUCCUUUUUGCGUUGCACAUCGUAAUUUCUCCUUAUUAUUACAUAAGGAAGUGUAUCGCACUGUAACAUAGUCAUUAGCAGGGUGCACGAAUUAUUGACGACGUGUCCUUCGCCAACCAUGGAGCCGUCAUUGAAGAGACAGAAAUCUGAAACUGAUAACCCGUAUUUGGCUCAUUUGAACGAUGAUGACACUUCCUCUAGUGGAGGAUUGACGAGACACUGCACCACUGCGGAACAAGCUCAAAAAGCUGAGGACGGUCCAAACAAUUUUUUUACGGGUCAGCCAUUGUCUGAAAAGUAUUUUGGUAUCUUAAAGGUUCGUCGUGAUCUUCCCGUGCACCAGCAGCGUGCCGAGUUCUUGAAACUUUACCAAGAAAAUCAAAUUCUCGUGUUUGUUGGUGAGACAGGUUCUGGUAAGACAACUCAAAUUCCUCAGUUCGUCUUGUACGAUGAGUUGCCGCACUUAGUCGGAAAACAGGUUGCUUGUACGCAACCUCGACGUGUUGCUGCCAUGUCUGUGGCCAAACGUGUCGCUGACGAGAUGGAUGUUCGUUUGGGUGAAGAAGUUGGUUACAACAUUCGUUUUGAGGACUGUACUGGCCCUAAGACUCUGUUGCGUUAUAUGACAGAUGGUAUGCUUCUUCGUGAAGCAAUGACAGACCCCGAGCUGUCUCGUUACUCCUGUGUUAUUCUUGAUGAAGCUCACGAACGUACUUUGGCAACGGAUAUUCUUAUGGGUUUGGUUAAAAAGUUGGCUCUUCGUCGUAAGGACCUGAAGAUUAUUGUCAUGUCUGCUACUUUGGAUGCACAAAAGUUCCAGAAGUAUUUUUAUGACGCACCUCUUCUCGCCGUCCCCGGUCGUACCCAUCCCGUCGAGAUUUACUACACUCAAGAACCUGAGCGGGACUACCUGGAAGCUGCCUUGCGUACCGUACUUCAAAUUCAUGUCGAGGAGGGUCCGGGUGAUAUUUUGGUUUUCCUUACUGGUGAAGAGGAAAUUGAAGAUGCUUGUCGGAAACUUUCCCUUGAAUGCGACGAGCUUGUUCGUGAAGGAGCUGCUGGUCCUUUGAAUGCAUAUCCCUUGUAUGGUUCACUUCCUCCCAAUUUGCAACAACGUAUUUUCGAGAAAGCCCCUGCUGACACGAAAAACGGCUACGGUCGCAAGGUGGUUGUGUCUACUAACAUUGCUGAAACUUCACUGACCAUUGAUGGUAUUGUGUAUGUAGUGGAUCCUGGUUUCAGCAAGCAAAAGAUCUACAAUCCUCGUAUUCGUGUUGAAUCAUUGCUUAUUAGUCCCAUCAGUAAGGCAAGUGCGCAACAACGUGCUGGUCGUGCUGGUCGUACGCGUCCCGGUAAAUGUUUCCGUCUGUACACUGAGGACGCUUUCCGGAAGGAGUUGAUUGAGCAGAGUUACCCUGAAAUUUUGCGCAGCAACUUAUCGAGUACGGUUUUGGAACUGAAGAAACUUGGUAUUGAUGAUCUGGUGCAUUUUGACUACAUGGAUCCCCCUGCACCUGAAACCAUGAUGCGUGCUUUGGAAGAGCUUAAUUACUUGGAAUGUCUCGAUGACAACGGUGACUUGACACCUUUGGGUCGCAAAGCUUCAGAAUUUCCCUUGGAUCCUCACUUAGCAGUGAUGUUGAUUCGUAGCCCGGAGUUUUUCUGCAGUAAUGAGGUGCUUUCUAUCACGGCUAUGCUGUCGGUUCCUAAUGUUUUCGUUCGGCCUCCUGCAGCCCGUAAGCAGGCUGAUGAAAUGCACGCACAAUUUGCACAUCCCGACGGUGAUCAUUUGACCUUGCUCAACGUUUACCACGCUUAUAGAUCUGGUGCUGGUGACUCUGACUGGUGCUGGAACCACUUUUUGUCUCAGCGUGCCCUUAUUAGUGCAGACAAUGUUCGCAACCAAUUGCGCCGUACGAUGGAACGUUUGGAUGUGAAGCUUGUAUCGACGCCAUUUGAGGACCGAAACUACUAUAACAACAUUCGUCGUUCACUUGUCACUGGCUUCUUCAUGCAGGUUGCAAAGAAGAGUGCGAAUGGUAAAAGCUAUGUAACGAUGAAGGAUAACCAAGUUGUCCAACUGCAUCCUUCUUGUGGCUUGUCUGUGACCCCAGAGUGGGUCAUGUAUAAUGAGUUUGUCCUUACUACGAAGAACUUUAUUCGUACCGUCACGGCCGUUCGUCCUGAAUGGCUAGUUGAGCUGGCAACGAACUACUACGACCUGGAGGAUUUCGAAAACAACCGGGAAGUACACAGUGCUCUCAAGAAGGUCUAUCAAAUCGCUGCUCGUACGAGAAAAACGCGUCGCUAAUCAUGGUUAUAUAACGGGGGUCUUUUUAAAUGGUUUCGACGACGUAUUGUGUCGCUCUGUUGUUGGCGAUACGUGUUAAAAAAAAUAAUAAGCGUGUCCAUGCCUCGGACGCUUACGCAUGCAAUAUCUUUUUGAUUACUGUCGGGUUCGACAGUUCCUACUAUCCAAACAUUUGCUUUCUUUUUGUACUAUGGUAGAGUGUUAAUAUUGGUAUUCAAUAGAUGGGAGAUACCCAAGUAGCGCUUGGGUAUUUCAAAUUCAUUUUUUCGUUAGUAUUGAGGGUGGAUGCAUAGCAGUUU